AUGGAAACGGUGAAGGAAUAUUUAGCGAGUAUCAAUCCUCAUUGGAUUGCGGUGGUUGCUACAGGAAUGUAUACCCAUCUUCGUCAAAUUUGUAUAAUUGGUUUAUGUUUCGACGAAGAAAACAAUCUUCCCUUUGAUCCAUCUUAUGCCUCGGUGAUUUUCGUGUUUUCUGUCCUGUGUCUUCUUGCCGAGUAUAGACUUUGGCCUAGGACCCUUAAAGAGCCACCGAUUCAACUUCUCUAUAUUUAUGAAAUGUUGGUGGCAGCUUUAAUCACAAACUUAUCCACUCGUGCUAUUUGGGUACCACUUAUGCAUGCCAUUAGUUGUUUAACUCAGGAAUCAAGCAGAUGGUUACUAUGGCUGAAUACAACAUUGGGCCUAGGUCGUUACUCGAUAUUGACUGAUUUGGCAUACUACAUGGCAAAAGACUGCGCCUCGAUGCACAUGGCCUUCUGCAUGUCGAUAUUAUCAUUCGUCUGGAUGUUGGAUGCUACUGAAUCAUUGGACGCCAUUUUGGACAUUAGGGCCAAGUAG